GAUGAAUAAAAAAUCAAUAUUCACAGCCGUAAGAUUGCAGAAAUCAGAAAUUCGUGUGUGACAUCUCCUCUUUACCGAAUUUGCGAUCAUAGUUCAUUCAUUCAUUCAUCAUACAAUACAAUCAAACAAAACAAAAGGAAACAAAUUUUUUUCAUGAAUUGUUAGUUAUGCAUACCAAUAUGAAUGAUAGAAAUAGAAAUAUUAGCAGUUAUUAUUAUUAAUUACUCAUAAAGCGAGCGGUACAUAAACACCAAACAUAUAGAGAAGAAAAGAAAAGGUUCAGAAAAAGUGUGGCAGGCAAUGAUGCCUUACGCAAAAACCAUGAACGAAGAAACAACACCAACCAAAACCAAAGGCAAAAAACCUAAAACCACUUUUCAAACACUCUUCUCAACAAUGACAAGAAAACCAAUUCUCAAACGAACCCUAGCAAUCAUUUUCAUUAUCUUAGUUCUCUACGCGCUCUUCAACACGUUUUUCCAACCCACCGAUUCCACCACCUUCGACUCCGCCACCGCCACCUCUACUUUUCCUUUCAACUCCGCCACCUCCUCCUCCGUCCAACUCGCUGCUGGUGCAUCCAAAUUCCCUUCUGUUAAGGUUUACCUUUACGAUCUUCCUGAAAGGUUCACCUAUGGUGUUAUUCGUCAUCAUUCUCUCGCGCGUGGCUCACGCGUCGAUGAAAACGAUGUUUCGACGGUUAAAUAUCCCGGUCACCAGCAUAUGGCGGAGUGGUACCUUUUUUCGGAUCUCGCUCGACCGGAUUCUGAACGACCGGGUUCGCCUGUGGUUCGGGUUUUAGAUCCGGAUGAGGCUGAUUUGUUUUUCGUUCCGUUUUUUUCGUCGUUGAGUUUGAUUGUGAACCCGAUCCGGCCUCCUGGAUCGGGUCCUGGUCCGGAGAAGAAUGCUUAUAGCGAUGAGGAGACUCAGGAGGCUUUGGUGGUGUGGCUUGAGAAGCAGGAAUAUUGGAAGAAAAGCAAUGGGAGGGAUCAUGUGAUUGUGGCUUCUGAUCCGAAUGCAAUGUAUCGGGUUGUGGAUCGGGUUAAGAACUGCGUGUUGCUUUUGUCGGAUUUUGGACGGUUACGACCUGAUCAGGGAUCUCUGGUGAAGGAUGUGAUUGUGCCGUAUUCACAUCGUAUAAAAUCAUAUGAAGGUGAUGUUGGUGUUGAUAAACGUAACACCUUGUUGUUUUUCAUGGGAAAUCGAUAUCGUAAAGAGGGAGGGAAAAUUCGUGACACACUCUUUCAAAUUCUAGAAAAGGAGGAUGAUGUUAUAAUAAAACAUGGAGCACAAUCCAGAGAGAGUCGGCGGGCAGCUUCACUAGGAAUGCAUACAUCAAAGUUUUGCUUACAUCCAGCAGGAGAUACCCCAUCAGCCUGCCGAUUGUUUGAUGCUAUAGUCAGCUUGUGUGUUCCAGUGAUUGUCAGCGAUAGUAUUGAGUUGCCUUUUGAAGAUACUAUAGACUAUAGAAAGAUUGCUGUUUUUGUGGAAACUGCUCCUGCUACAAAGCCAGGAUAUUUGGUGUCAAUUUUGAGAGGCAUUACCCCGGAUAGAGUCUUGGAAUAUCAGAAAGAACUAAAAGAGGUGAAGCGAUACUUUGAAUACGAAGAACAAGAUGGGACAGUAAAUGAGAUUUGGCGCCAAGUUUCAAAAAAACUACCAUUGAUCAAAUUGAUGAUCAACCGCGAGAAAAGGCUGUUUGCAAAGGAAACUGAAUGCUCUUGUGUAUGUACAAACCAGACUGCCGUUAGAAGCUUAUAGCACUCAUCUCACAAUUGGGGGUUUGGCAUCCCACGAAUUCUGGCUCAGUUUUGACGGGACAUUUUGAGGCGAGGAGAAAAUUAAGGAUAAUGAUAGUUGCAAAUGUAGUUUCUCUCAUAUGUCUCACAAGGGUGGCUUGGAGAUAAUUGUUGACAAUCAUAUGAUUUACUCAACUCACUUCCCAAUUAAAUUCCUGUCACGCAUGAGAUAUGCAAGAAAUUAUGUGCAACUAUCAUUAUCCACUAGUUACUGCGGGGCUGGCAUGAGUGUGAUAUUUAGAUGCUGGACAUAGCUUGUUAUCUGCCAUGUAUGUAUACCUAAUGUAUUCUGUCAUUGUAGAUUCCACUAGCCCCUUUUAUAAUUACACGUUAGACUAGGCUAAGAAAAUAUCAAUUUGUAUCGUGAUUGUAUUGUACAGAAUAUAAAAAAAAUAAAAUAAAAUCAUAAUUAUUUCUAUUCUUUAUAA